UUGUCUCUUCACAUUGUUUUGAGAAGAAAUUGCUGUCUCUUUCUACAGAUUACUGGCGCAUUCACUUAAAGAAAACAAAGACCAUGCGUGAUUUCGCCACCUUAACCCUGGUCUGCUGCCUGAUUUCAAUCAGUGUCAUCAAACACGCUGAGGCGCAGAGCUGUAGCCAGCUAACGACUUGUACCUCCGCCAUAACCACUGCUUUACAAGGAGCUGGCCAGGACACAAGCAAACUAUGCAGUGCCUACAAUACUUACCUGAACUGUUUAAAUCAGGCCGCCUCUGACUGUGGUGUUGAUAUCAGCGCCACUGUAAAAACCACCAAAAACUCCUUGUCGCAGUACGGAUGUUCCACUUCCGGUGGUAGUUCCGCUUCCGGCGGUGGUUCCAUGAUGACGCUCCUCAGCUGGUUGUCUUUAACACUCGGAGUUUUCCUUAAUAAACUCCUUUGAAUAAAUGCCCAUGAA